AGAGCGGUGCGCGGCGGGCCGCGCUUCGACGCUUUCCCGAGACCGCUUGAGGCGGAGGUGUGCCGCAGGCCCUCCGAGGGGCACCGCGGGGCGAUGGAGAGCUCGGGCCGCCGCAGGCGCGCGGCAGCGGCGCUCGCCGCCCUGGCCACAGCGGUGGUGGCGCCGCUGGGCUUCACCGCCGCGCCGCGGCAGCAGCGCCCGGCGGGGCUCGCGCGGGCGCCGCCGGCGGUGGCCUCCUCGAGCCUGCGCCCAGUGGCGGCUGCGAGCCCGCGCGACGGGACGAGGGUGUCGAUGGGCCCCCGCUUCCAGGGCAUCAGCUCCCCCAUGAGACAGGACAAGCUGGAGGCAAAGAUGGGAUUGUACCAGUACGAGUUUGAGGAGGACGGCGGGAUGUAUGACAUUAUCAAGUACCCUCUGCUUACGGAGAAGGCCUGCAUGCUGAUGGAAGAGUAUAACACCUACACCUUUCUCGUCGACCGCCGCGCCAACAAGCCACAGAUCCGAGCUGCAGUGGAGACCGUCUUCGGCGUGAAGGUGAAGAAGUGCAACACGCUGAUCCCCAUGGCCAAGUUCACCAGGGAGUUCGGCAGGAAGAUCGGGAGGAAGUCGGUGUACAAGAAGGCGUACUGCGAGUUGGAGGAGGGCUACUCCAUUGACCUCUUCCCCGACGACCCGGAGACGGCCUGAGCGACGCGCCUGGGGUUCUCUCGGGCGACGUGCGCCCUCGUGCCCGCGUGCUCCUGCAGCACUUCUGCAGUGCUCGCUCCUCACGGGAAACUCGAGGUCCUUUCCCCUCGCCUCGUCCCCGUCGCUUCCCUCACGGCUGAUGCUACCGCCACAGCAGUCGUGGCAGGCAUGGGUGCCCGUUCCUGCACCACUUGCGUUGUUGAGGACGAUCAAUGGAAAGGAAGCAUGUUGCCAAAUUAUUUCCAGAUGUCUAAAAAUGUGUUAAGCAUGGUUUAAACAUAAAAAACAAUUUUUAACACAUGUUCGUAACAUGUGUCCGACAUUUUUAAACACAUUUUUCAAAUUCAAUGAUAGGACUGUCAGGGUGUCCAUUGCCGUGACAUCCAUAACUUGCGCUUCCAUGCGCAGACACGGCAGAAUGCUUUCACUUCGUCUGCAGUCGUCAUCUUCGUCAUCGUCUGGGCCAGCUUUUCGUGGAGCACGUGGAAUGACGGGCCGAGCUCGUGCGCACUGGGCAUCUCGGCGGCCUGUGCAGAUGCUUCGGGGAAGCCUGGGCCUCCUGCUGCUGCUCCUGCUGCUACGCAAGGCGUUCCAGACGGACCUGGCCCUUCAGCAAUGGAGAAGCUGAUUUCUCUUCUGCGGCGGAAGUGGUGGAAGGCCUGCGGAAUUCGCCAGAACUGAAGGGAGG